GCUCUCCAAUCACAAGGGAUCAGCUGCACAUAGUUUGUUUAUAUAUAGUCGUGGAAACCUUACUGUCGAGACACUACAGACAAGAUGCCAGACAAGAUUAUUUUCUUCUGACAUAAUGGAAGUGUGUUUGCGUCUACUUGUACCUAACAUAAAAGGACAUUUCUCUCUAGAAAGACAGAAAUGACGUGUUACGACAUUGUCAUACAACUGACAAUCAAAUACGAUAAAGUAACUGGAGAAGACCGCUUGCGUAUUUAAUUUCAACAAAAGUUAUCGCAAAAUGGAAACGGAGUCUCGAAAACGGAAUUUGGACAGAAGUGCCAUGCACCUGUUCGGAGACAGUGGCAUGACGAUCCUGCCAUGGACAAGGCAAAUUUUGUUUGUUCUGUGGGAGCAGUUGCGUUUCCUGGUCCAUCUUAUCUACUACAGUUUCAUGUCAGUCUUUCAGAUGUUCCGUCUGGAAGUCCAUUUGAGAAUCUCAGAGGAGACCGGACCGCACAUUCAGCACAUGAACACACCUGGAAAUCCAGCAGAAGGCUUCUUUCUGUCCUCCUUGUUUGACAAUAACAAAAGCAUGAUUGUCUCCAGCUCCAGCUCCUUAUCCAAGCUGAGCAGUGACUUGGCCGUUACCCACCCAGGGUCUCUGCUCUCCAGCCUGGUGUCGGAUGAGCUCUGCUGCUCUCUUGUGGAUGACUUUGUGGCUCGGGCGGCCGAGGGGUUCUCGGACACAGAGGACCUCACCAUCGGCCAACACGCCAGCUGGAAACUGGGCUGCCCUGGUGAGUGGAAUGUGUUUGUGGGAUCUGAACACAGCAGCAGCAGUAACAGCAGCAGCAGCAGCAGCAGCGACCUCUUCUACAGGUCUACACACAAAGAUAAAAUCUUCAGCUGGGAGAAUGAUGUAUCGGGGAGAAGUGAGACCCCUUGUGAUCCUUAUACACCACUGAGCUUUUCUGCUAGUAUCUUCAGCUACUCUCCUCGGGAGAGCGCAGACCCAGCAGAGACCAGCAGCUGGGAGUUCAGAGUGGAGUCUUCGGCUUCUGUGGAGGACAGCCACACUCUUUUCUCCCCUGCCUUCGGGGGGCGCUCUGACAGUGAGAGCAGCUGGGGGAGUUCGGACUGCUCCAGUGCCGAUGGAGACCGGGAGGAGAGCGAGAAGCUGUGGGAUCUUUUCUCCUGCUCCUCAGACCCGUAUCACCCGCUCCACUUUACUGCCAGUGCCUCAAGCUCCAAGCCCGCCAAGAAGGAUGCCAGAGUAGCUCCCAGGCCUGACAAUGUGAUCGAACCCCCCACAGAGCUCCCACCCUCUCCGACAGAUUCAGAAAGCAUCGGUCCUUCAUCCUUAUCUGAGGAUGAGGAGACCCUCUGGCAGUCGCUGUGUCACAGUGAUGACCCAUACCACCCUUUACAUUUCAAAGCCUGCAUCAGAAGCUCCACUGCUGAUGCUAAGGUGAACCCCAGUGCCAGCGCCACCACCGCGCAGAACCCUAUGAACGCUUGUUCAGAUUCCAGCGCCAUGUCGCCGGAUUCCUCUCGUGAGUUUAGUCCAAGGGCAUUCCAGACUCGGAGAAAGUCAAAGAAGCUACAGCUGCUCGGUAAGAGGCGACCCAAAGGUCACUGCUGCACCGCCUUUCCAGACAAACAAGUCUUUGUCCCCUGGAAGAGAAAGGUCAAAGGUGAAAUCGUAGAGGAGCAUGAAGAAGGUCAACCUGCUGUGAAGAAGGUUCAGUUCUCACCGCGGGUUCAGGUUCACAAGAUGAGGGCGUGGUCAUUUGCCCUUCAGGCCUCUCGCAAAGGACAUUGGGAAGAGCUAGCCAGGGACAGGGAUCGCUUUCGCAGGAGAAUCCAGGACACAGAGCAGGCCAUUGGCUACUGUCUGAGUCAAGCACACCGGGAGACGAUCGCUGCCUGUCAAAAAAGCGUGGAAGGCAAACAUCAUGGAAGUAAACGGAACUUAAAACAAUCAGUUUUCCUCUCGUGACCCCAUUUUUGUUGAAUGUGAACUCAACAGCCACACUGAGAUUGCAUGGGACUGACCUGCUACCAUUGCAACAUGUACCUCACCACUGCACUCAAGGCAAAAGCCAUUGCACUGACUUCUGUUGUUUUAAAAUCACAGUUAAUUGAAUGUAUUUUUAUUUGCCUUAUAGACCUAGCAAUGUAUGUUCCGUAUACCUCAAUGAAUGUUUCUUUAGCCAUAUAAGUGAUAUCCAGAACUUCUGUUGAGAAAUUAUGUUUUUUCUUGGAAGGAAAGAUCUGCAAUCUCCCAUAGAGAGAAAUUUGAUGUAGUUCCUGAUUCUACCAAAUACUAAAAAGUGUAUGCAGAACAGGGAACAUUCAAACAUUUUAAAAGAAUUUCCAGAAUGAAGGACAGCAAUGCUAUAAAAUGCCUGUUAAAACGAAAGGCAUGAAAGACUCCCUUGUUUUUUUUACAGAGAGCCUAGAUUAAGGAAAGAGUCAGUUCUUCAACACCACACAUAGUUAGAGACACUCCCUCCAGCUGACUCACUUUAGGAAAAGUAAACAUUUGGUUACGGGAGCCUUUCAAUUUACGAGUACAUCACACACUGGAGCUCACUUCAUUAUAAUAGGAAAGCCUGGUGGGACUCAUGUUUACUGAGGUAACCUGGAUUGUGAACCCCAUCUGUUAAUUACUCAUUAAAGGUUGUUUUGGUGUGCUCACAUGGA